UUCGCGAGGACAUUUUAUUGUGAUAAUAUCCGUGUAAUCAGUGUAUAGAUGAUUUAGUUUACUUUUCUUCUUUGUACAUAAAAAAAUGUCAUAACGAGUGAAAACAUUCCCUAGAAUCACGGACUAGUGUGUCAUGUUGUGCAUUGUAACAAUUAAUCCUAUGCGAAUGUCGUCUGGUGUUAUCCAUUCCACAGAUAUUUUUUUCUUUGUCAAGUGAAAACCCGUAGAACAAAUUUCCCAGACCUCAGACCCUAGCAGACUUUCCGUCUCGGUUUCUCUUAACGGCAGGAAAGAGGCAAGAAGAGAAUAAAAAGAAGAUAGAACAAAGAUGUGUUUUCAUGGCUCACGGUACUGUGAAGUCAAAUGUGGGUGACUUUUUCCCUCAGAGGUGGUGAACAUUUUCCGUAAGUGCAAAAAGGGUCCUAGGGUUUUGUCGAUACGAGCAAUACUUGGAACGUCCUACGUACCCAUUUGAAUAGAGAAUGAAUGCGAGGAAAAGGCAUUAUGAAAUUUCCUCACUAUUAGCUCAACGUUUGUAACCGCAGCAGCAGUAGCAGUGCCCGCAAAACUUUAGUGUGGGAAAUCAAUGCGAUGCAUUAGAUUUGGAAAAACUUUCCUCGAGUUUAUUGGUGUUGUAUCGUGCUAAAGCGCCAUUUUGGCGUUUUAAAAAUGCAUGCAUAAAUUUUGCUCCCGAGCAGCAAGUGCGACAUGGACUCGGUACCUAUAAUCAUCACGAACGGGUUGGUAAAAUGUGAAACGAUGCACAAAUGAAAUAAUCAGCCUGGAACACUGGGAAGCAAACUCAAGCAGCUAAAUACAGAGGCUUCGAUUUUCUCUCUAUCAUAGUAGCGACGUUGCGUGUCGUGGUGGUGAAACCAGUUGAAGGAAAAAAGAAGGCCGCCGCACCAGUGUAGAAGUAUUAAGCCUUUCUAUCUGGAUAUAACAGGAAAGGCGACGUCGCGACACUGUCUAUAUGGUGUUAAGAAGGAAAAUAAGCGAAGUGCGGAUGAAAAUGGUGCAACGUUUGUCGGUUCAGUAUGUUUGUUGAGAUAAUUGGGCAAAAUUAAAACAAAUAUUGAUGAAUCAAUAACCAAUAACGGCAAGAAGAUUGAAAAGCAAUUACAACCAAAAUUUUGAUAUUUCGCUGUGCACAUAGAGGGUUUAAACUGUUCAUGGCAUCAUUCUGUUCUAUUUUGAUCAAUAAGUUCCAUUGUGUGGUAUCGUGAGUCAGAUAGUGAAGAAAGAAAUGAAAUUAUUUAUAAUUCAAAAUCAGUGAAAGACAUGCAAUAGUUAUGUAAAGAGGAAAAAUAAUUUGAGCACCGACAUACCAACCAAGCAGCUACUCGCCACUGAUGAAGGAGCGACGAGAGAAUGAGAGUGACUACAAUGUCAUGUGAAUGUAAAAUAUUGUACAUAAAUGUGGUGCCAACAAACCUAGUGUGGUAGCUAAUGGUCAUUUGCUGCACAAAAAGCGAAGAAAUAUAAACAGUCUGACGAAGAAUAAUUCUGCCAGCCGGACUGAGCUUAUCGUUGUUAAUUUUGCAUUCUUAUCCUACCAAUACGAACGUAGUAUCCUGUCGCAGAACGAUUGCCGCUGGACGGCGUAAGAGCACACUCGUACAAACGUAAGCUCUGCGUGCAGCACUCCGUAGUUUCAUUCCUUAACGUAAAUUGAUGAUAGCCGUUGCUCUCAUAGUUGGGGGAAUAUCCCAUCCUCGCUGAGAAAUACUCCAACUGGCAGACUGAGUCAAAUGUCUGUCGGAGCCGAGUCUAUGACGUUCUUCGAACCAUGGUUAAAAAUGGGGUGCCCAUGGCGCCCUCAUGUGAUUAAACAAUUCAAUUGAUGAAUGUUUAAUGAUUUUAUAUCCUUCAACAUACAUACCAUCUACGCUCGGAUACAUCGCUUUCAAAAACGUUGGGUCAAAGCCAUCAAAAGGAAACGGAAAUAUCAUAUCAACACCCAGGAGCGGAACGACUUGCUACAGUGCGAAGGUGUGCGUGUAGAGCAUAACGUUGUUCCAUUUCAAAUGUCAACUCGCUAAGGAUAGACUGCGGAAUUAUUGAAUAGCUUGGAAAAAAUAUCCUUGUCAUUCACACAACGGUGAAACAUUCACAUAAGUAGCGAGAAGGUGAACCCGUUUCUGGUCAACGGACUGCCUACAACCAUCCCAUUUAGAAUUUACCAUCAAGACUGUGCUCCGGAGCCGUAGUGGGAGAUCUUAUCGCCGAAACUCUGUUUGGACCAACCAGAUUAGCGCGAAUUACCGACUAAUCUUCACGAGGAUAUGGAUGAGGAAGCUGUACCACGCACAUUUCGCGAAAAAGCAUUAUUUUACACGACUGCCUUUUUUAUCUUACUCGCAACCUUUAGCCUUUUCGCAUUUUUGUUCUUGGUGCCGUUUGUGAUUGAGCCUGCUUUCACUACGAUUUUCAUGCAAUUCGAUGAGUCACCGGCGUUCUGCAUCACCGUCGAUAAUGAGCAUCUGUAUGGCGCGAAGAACUGCAGCUGGGCUUCGUGUCGCGAGGGCUGCACCAAGGACAUCUACGAAUGCCAACAAAUUCGCGUUAAUUACAAAACGAGCGCGCAGCUAGCAGCAGAAGCGGCUGCGACAGAGGCAACCAUCGAUGCCACAUCGACGACGUCCACGGCUGCUCCCAGAGUAGUCACAGCAAAAGCUACAAAAACCACUGGUGAUAGUAGUGUUAGUAAAGAUAAUAGCAAGAGUAGUCAAAAAAAUAAUUUCGAUAGCUUAAGUGGAAAUAGUGCAACUAAUAAACCAAUUUCAACCGCCGACAAAGAUUCGUCCUCCAGUCUAUUCGGCAGCAGCAGGUUCGAUUCAGCACUGAAUCGAUUCGAACGAGCUGUUCGUACUGACUACGAGUACAGCGAUAUGUUGGUAGAUGGCAGAGCCAACGGUUUCGGAGACCACAAAAAUGGUCUUAUUAGUUCCAUCAUCGGCGAGGACAACACAUUGAUGGAAUAUCCUGAUGACAUGACAGAAAUGAAUGGUAAUGAAUCGGAAUGGUUCUUCACCGGUGCGCGACUAUUUCCCAACGUGAAAGGUUGCGGGUAUCCUCCGAUACUGAACUGCACCAUCUGGACCAAAAAGUAUUGGAAAAUAGGAACUAAUUUCACUUGUUACUAUUCGCGGGUUGAUCCCGGACUGGUAAUAAGCGAUUUGGAUAUGUGGCAAAAUACAUUGAAUCUUGUGUACGCAAUGGCUAUUCCAAUUCCUUCGUUCAUCAUUUCCGUGAUAUACCUAGCGUUUGCAUAUUUUGUUAUUUUCAACGAAGAUGAAGAAGCGGCUCUGCUGGAUAAGAACGGCGAAGAAGAGGAAGGUAUCGAGGAUGAAAUGGGCGAAACCGACGAAGGAAACGAUAACAAAAUUAACGAGAGCGAAGCAGAGAUCACAGCGAACCACAUCAACGAUAACAACGGGAUGGAGGACGGAACAUUGGUCGACUCUACAACGACCACUCCGAUUCAACAUCUACCGAACGGAACGGCCAAUUCGAUCACCAAUGUGAACAACACAAACACUAACACGACCGCAACUACCAAUACGAAUGGUUCUUCAAAACCCAUCACACCGAAUUCCACGUCCGAUUUGAAUUCUUUCGGUCAUCAGCUGAAAGUGAAGAUGGCGGAUGAAAUGUCGCGGGAAAGCAUCGAUGGAGGACUGCUUUCGAAUUCAGCGUCUAUUCAAGGAAACUUGAGCAAGACGAUGACGACCAGUAUCUCAACUCCUCCUGGUCCGAUAGCCGCAGUUUGAAACGCCAAGUGCACGGGUUAGAUGACGUUAAGUUUAGAUUUACUAAGUAAGGGAAAGCUUUUCUUAUGAGUAUCACAAGACAGCAAACACAACAAAAAAGCAACCGAGAUAUUUUCAGUGUCCAGCAUGCGCAAUAAUUCGAACGAAUGGAAGAAAAAUAGCUGCGAAUUGUAAAACGUAUUUUUAACGAUCGAUUGGAACGAAGGCUCAUUUUAAGAGAAUAUUCUAAUCUACUACUCAAGCAGCAACCAAAAAUAAGUAUGCACAAAGGGUACAGACCAGUAGGAACUAUUUAGCAAAACACUUUUAAAGAAAAUCAGUUGUCGCGUAGCCAGGACGAGGUUCAUUUGAGCAUUUAGCGAACUUAAAAGUAUAGGGGCUAGAUGAAGAAGUACGUUGUGAAGACGAAAUAAUUCAAUUUAUCAUCUUUUACAUUUGCUUCGUGUAUUCAAAUAAAUCAAACUAAUUGAAGCUUUUAUUCAAACUGCAAUUUUCUGGAAUCAUCUGUGGGUAAAGAUAAACCAUUUGAACCGAUAUAGGCACCAGGAAACCAUAGUCGAAUAUAUUCGAUCAUGCACAAACCUAUUUGUAAUAACUACUUUUUCACAUAUUUGAACAACAAGGAAAUCUACAUACAAAAAUUCAAAACUGUUUUUAUACAGUUUCAACCACUUGAUGGCAUAAAAUCUAAGGUGUUAUAUAAAAGACUGGCGACACUACCAUAUUUAAUUAAGCAACACUCAACAGGCCAGAUGUUGCAAAAGAGCAUAUUUUUGCCAUGAUUUUUUUAAUGGAAGGUGAAAAACUGUCAGUCUUUUAUGUAUAACGUCUGGCUAUAAAUACAAUAACAGAAACCCACCAAGUACAACUCUGUCCAUGGAACGUUUUUCAUGUAUUCAAUCCAAAGAGCUCAACUCUAGAAAUUAUUUGUAAGUUUUCUACUCCGGGGUGAAUCCAGAAAUGCUCACGUUUGAAACAACAGUAAAGGAUUUUUAACGUUAUUGUUUUCAUUCGAUUCAAAAGAUAGACAUGUUCUUGAAGAUGCGGAUUGCAAAAGUACUUGAAGUGUAUUCAAAGAAUGACGCUUCAUCGAUAGACUCUGACAGUUCUGAAACCAGACUAGAAUAGGCAAGCCAAGAGGUUUGAACAAAUUUUACAAUUUUUACAGUGCAUUGUCAUGAAACAGCAGUUUAGACAUAAGUCAACGUUUCGUAUUUUAACCCAAGUUCUCGCGAUAUAUGCUUGUUCUAGUUAUUUGCUUCAUGGAGUACUGGAGACAUUGCGUAAGGAAUAUUACAAAUAUUACAAAGGGAACACGGACAAACAAAAUCAAAAGCUCAUCUUGGAUUCUACCCCCAUGUUGGACGCAUCACAACAUCAUACAUUAUUCAUCUCAGAAAGCAGAAACGUGCUAUGUAGCCUCUGAUGCUUAGAAGGGCUGGAUGGACCAUUUUGUUACACAUUGGCUCUUUUCAUUGAAAUGAAAACAAAAAAUCAGCUUUUCCAAGACUAGUCUUACUAGACUAGACUAAGGAGUUUGAAUGUCUUUUUCUCCAAUUUUGAUCCGAUUUGACUAUAUUUUCAGGAUAUUUCCUGUCCAUCAUCUCAGUAUGAGAUACUGAAUAUGUAACAUUUUUGGCCAAAAUGAGAUUUUCAUAUAUUCUGAAUGUUCGUCCAAAAAUACGUAUUCUGGCAAAAAAUACGAUAGUUGGUGUUGAGUUUUGCCUAAAACUGUUAAUCUGUAUCGUAGAAAUUGAAAGAUUCGGUGCCAAUUUGUUGAAAAGCAGUUUUUUCUGUUGUUUACUAGAAAAUGUAGAAAAUGGAUUAAUGCAGUUUUUCAAACGCAUGAUUAUUUUAGAUGGUGUUGUUCUUAUUUAGUUCUUGUCAUCCCUCCGACAGAAAUGCGGAUUUGUCAGUAUCCGUGUACACAUUUCACUACAGUGUUCUGCUGCUCAUUGCAGUAGAGAGCCAGGAUCCUUCCCUACUUUAAACUUGCGUCAUUCAGAUCAAUCCUUGACUAUUUGUACAAAACUGCUCUGCCGUCGUAAACAUACCUUGCAUCAAAAAAAAUGUUCGUACUGUGAUGGCUCGGAUACAAAACCAUUCAUAAAUCAAAUUUGAUAUACUAAAACAAUCGUCAUAUUCGUUUCAGGAAAAAGUACGAUGUAUGGUUAUGUUUUUUCAGUGAUCAAUUCAACAAGCAAACAGUCCAUUCUUUUCAUUAAGCUCAUUAGCAGAAAAACAAAAUUAACACAGAAAAAUUGUCCAUACACAGCUCAAAACAUUGUUUAGUCCAAAACUUUAUAUUAUCCAUUUACUCCAUCGUUUAAAAAGUGUCUACGUGCAUUUUUGCGACGUUUAUUCUUGUCAGUUUGAGGCUAGGUAGUCAUAAACUGCUUCUGCAUCAUACGGGAGAGGUCGUGGGUUCAAUCCCAGGUCCGUUUCAUUCUCCUACUUUCUCAUGUUCUAGCAAUCGCUAGAACUGGAAAUGGACUUCCAUACCAUUUUCAUUUCUAUCAUAUACCUCUGAAUUGAGUUACUGAAAACAGUAACUGCUAGAAUUUUAAAUGAACAUGCUAUUAGAAAUUCCAUCAAUUGCUUUCUCCUAUCUAUCACUUUGGCAACUCUCUAAGCAAGACCGAUUCGACGGAACUGUCUAGCCACUUUGUCCUCGAGCUAGUUUGACCUCAGUAUCAAAUAGAUAGAAAUUUACCACAAUCAAGCUUCACCGAAUAGUAAGAGUUAUGAAAAGGUACAUUGAAAGUUUUAGUACAGUCAGUGCGAUAAAACUACUCUGUUAUCACACUGCUCAGACGAGUGGACUUCAUCUCAUUAUUGUACCGAAAGGCUAACAAGACGUCGUCAAGGUAUGAUGAAAUAUAUGUGUUCGGAAGACUGCGUAGUAGACGUAAGCCUCGUAAGCCUACAUUCAAAAAGCUCAGAGGCCUUAUUUCGAGAGGCUCGGAUGCCCACGUUUGACAAAACUCCUCAAACUCGCUAGAGUUAAAUACAAUCAUCAUCAGCAAAAUUAUCGUUCACAUCCUCACGAAUGAGGGGAAUAGUAAAUAAAGCAGAGGCACAAGCAAACCGAGUGAGGAAGAGCGAAGCAAAUACACAUGCGAGUGUGGCGUCGGGUGGAAGAGCACUCAUUAAGCCUCCAGAGCGACACGUUGUAUGUGACGAAAUUCGUAGAGGCUUUUUUGAGUGUAAGUGAGAGUGAGUAACGCAUCACAAGAUAAAGAUGAACGUCAAAUUCGCUCUUGCUUUGCGACGCACAUGCUCGGGUUUGAUGAUGCUCAUUGUUGUGAGUUUUGAUGCUAAUAUCUGCUCCUAAAAAAACCCUGACUCUUGCUCAUUUUCUAUUCGGCGAGUAGUUUAUGACAAGCCUGCUGAUGCCUUUUUUCAAGUGGGUUAGAUGGAAGCCUCCUUUCAAGUGGCUCAAAAAGGCUUGAAAGACUCCUUUAUAGAGACUUGUGAGGAUCUUUUCAAGAGGCUCGUAAGCUUCAUUUCAAGAAUCUCGUAAACCUUCUUUCAAGAGACUCAGAAGUCCUUUUUCCAAUGAGCUAGAAGCCUCCUUUCAAAAAGCUCGGAAGCCUUUUUAAGAGGCUCGGAAGCCUCCUUUCAAAUGAUUUGGAUGGAAGCCUUCUUUCAAGUGUCAAGGAAGCUUCCUUUCAAGAGAAAUAUAAGUUUCCUUAAAAGAGGCAAGAAGCUUGAAGCCUACCUUUAAGAGGCUUGGAAGCGUAUUUUCAAAAUGCUCCGUUUUAGUGACUCGAAAGUCGCCAUUCAAGAGGCUGGCAAGCGUACUUUCCAGAGGCUCAGAAGGCGUCCUUCUAAGGGACUUGAAAAUCCCUCAUUCAAGAGGCUAGUAAGCCUCCCUUCAAGCAGCUCGGGAGUUUUUUUUGCAAGGGGUAUGGAAACCUUCUUUCAAGAGGCCUCGGAGGCCUCCUUUCAAGAGUCCUCGGAAGCCUCCUUUCAAGAGGCCUCGGAAGCCUCCUUUCAAAAGGCACCUCGGGAGCCUCCUUUCAAGAGGCCUCGGAAGCCUCCUUUCAAGAGGCCUCGGAAGCCUCCUUUCAAGAGGCCUCGGAAGCCUCCUUUCAAGAGGCCUCGGAAGCCUCCUUUCAAGAGGCCUCGGAAGCCUCCUUUCAAGAGGUCUCGGAAGCCUCCUUUCAAGAGGCCUCGGAAGCCUUUUUUCAAGAGGCCUCGGAAGCCUCCUUUCAAGAGGCCUCGGAAGCCUCCUUUCAAGAGGCCUCGGAAGCCUCCUUUC